AUGGCUCCCAACAGCGAGAACGCCAUGGCUCGGUUCCUUCUAGCCAUUUUAAACCAGAAGAACCUUAAAGACAUUGACUGGAAUCAAGUCGCCUCAGACCCUGUUCUCAUUGAACCCAUCACAAAUGGACAUGCUGCAAGGAUGCGCUUCGCUCGUUUCAAAACCACAGUCCUUGGCACCCAACCACAGAAGAGAACACGUUCUGCAGGCCCUACAGACAAGUCUCGGGUGACGAAGGCAAGGAAGACGCAACAACCCAAGAAGGACAGCAUCAGUAAUUCCGAGUCAGGGGCGAGCCUCUCAUCGUAUGCUCAAGUUCACCAGAGCCCUAUCAUCAAGCAAGAACAGAACCAACAUGCAUACAUGGCACAGUUCUCUCCCGCCUCUACUUCAUCCCCUUUCCUCAACGACAACCGAGACGACUUUGGUUGCAGUUCUCGAUUCCUCACCCCUUGCAGUGAUGAUAUGCCACAAGGCCUUUCCAUCAAUCCUGCGUCGCUCGAAGAUACCAGACAGCGAAAUGGCUUUGGUCCUUCGAUGGACUGCCCCCCUGACUUCAUGGCCCAACCAGCAGUCCAUGACAUAAUGGCCAUGGGGCAGUCCCAUUUUCAUACGUUUGACGCCGCUUAUGAGAUGACAUCUUACAAUUCUGUUAUCGGCGAUGCUCAGAGCCCAGCUGCCCUCGAUCUUAACGGCUCUCCUCCCGUGCCGGAUUGCGGCCCUGAAUGGCCUAGCCACUUCAACGACACUUCCUUUUGA